UCAUGCACUACCAAGCCACCUUCUUAGCUUUCAUCACCUUUGCUCUUUGUAUCGUAUAAUGGCUCCCUCCUUCAAGUCCCAGUCCCUUACUCUGCUUUCAUUUGCGAGUCUGCUCAUUAUGCAGACAUUGGCUGCCGAAGCUGCAACAUGCACAGACUGUUUCAUUAAUUCUAGAGCAGCUCAUUAUCCAAAUUCUGAUGAACAAGGAACAGAUUCUGGUGCUUGUGGAUUUGGUUCAUUUGGGGCAACAUUAAAUGGUGGGGAUGUCUCAGCUGCAUCUGAUCUCUACCGUGGUGGUGUUGGCUGCGGUGCUUGCUAUCAGGUGAGGUGCACCAGCAGCAAGUAUUGCACGGAUAAAGGAGUAACUGUUGUGGUAACAGACCAAGGUUCAAGCCAUGACACAGAUUUUAUUCUUAGCAGACAAGCUUUUGGUCGUAUGGCUCAAAAUGCAGAUGCAGCUGCUUCAUUAUUAGCCCUUGGAGUAAUCGAUGUUGAAUAUAGACGUGUUUCAUGCAGCUAUCCAAACAAAAAUAUCACAAUAAAAAUGGAUGAAAACAGUAACCCUCCUCACUAUUUGGCAUUUGUCAUAUGGUAUCAACAAGGAAAGCAAGAUAUUACUGCUGUGCAGCUAUGUGAGACUCAUAAUUUCGUGUGCAAGCUGUUGGAUAGGAGUUACGGAGCUGUAUGGACAACUACGUCACCGCCAAGCGGACCUUUGACGCUGAGGAUGCUAUUUACCGGCGAGGAUGGAGAGGAGAACUGGGUGGUGCCUGUCAAUAACAUCCCCCAAGACUGGAAAGCUGGAGAAACAUAUGAUACAGGACUACAAGUGAAUGUAUAAUUUAUCAUAUGAUCUAAUUCAGAUUUUAUCAUAUAAAAUAUGUGAGUAAUAUAAAUUAAUCCUGGUAAUGCUUAGAUCUUCAGUAUGUUUCAUUUUUAUUUCAUUAUUAUAUGUAUAUCUUUUCUCCAUCUUGAGAU